UCUAUCUCUCUAUAAACCCUUCCUCUCUUUCCCCUAAACCCUUUCUCUCUAGAUCAUUCCAUUUCCAUUUCCAUUUCCAUUUCUCAAUCACCAAAUCUCGAUAUGGCAAACGCGCAAAGAGCUGCGAAUGCGCUGAAUAACAUAGCUCGCGCCGCAUUCGCCGUCGGAAUCGGCGGCGCUGCUGUCAAUUCCUGUCUCUACACCGUCGACGGUGGCCAGCGCGCCGUGAUAUUCGAUCGUUUCCAAGGAGUCAAGCCGGAUACCGUCGGCGAAGGAACUCACUUUCUGGUCCCGUGGCUUCAGAAGCCGUUCAUCUUCGACAUCCGUACUCGCCCCCACACCUUCUCCUCCAUUUCUGGUACAAAGGAUUUGCAGAUGGUCAAUCUGACACUGCGUGUGCUAUCUCGCCCCGAGGUGAAUCGUCUUUCCGAUAUUUUCCAAACCCUAGGGCUUGAGUAUGAUGAGAAAGUCCUGCCAUCUAUUGGUAAUGAGGUUCUGAAGGCUGUGGUUGCUCAAUUCAAUGCUGAUCAAUUGCUCACUGAACGACCCCAUGUAUCUGCUCUUGUGAGAGAGAGUUUGAUCAGAAGGGCCAAGGAUUUCAACAUUGUUUUGGAUGACGUUGCCAUCACACACUUGUCGUAUGGUGCGGAGUUCUCAAAGGCUGUGGAGCAGAAGCAAGUGGCCCAACAGGAGGCGGAGAGGUCUAAGUUUGUCGUCAUGAAGGCAGAGCAGGAGAGGAGGGCUGCUAUCAUUAGGGCUGAAGGUGAAAGUGAGUCUGCUAAGCUGAUUUCCGAUGCAACUGAAGCUGCAGGGAUGGGGUUGAUCGAGCUGAGGAAGAUUGAGGCAGCAAAGGAAAAUGCAGCUUCCAUGGCAGGAACGGAAUGUGGUUUAUCUGCCUAG